GCCGGGGCGGAGCGCCCGUCAGCUGACUGUGGUGCCCGCGGCCUCGCUGGGACAGCCGUUGGCGGUGUCGCAGGCUCCGCGGGGAGGGUCGCGGGCUCGUCAGUUCUCGGUGGACGCGGCCGGCCGGCGGAGCACGAUGGCGACCACCGUCAGCACGCAGCGCGGGCCGGUGUACCUCGGCGAGCUCCCGCAGGACUUCCUCCGCAUCGCGCCCACGCAGCAGCAGCAGCAAGUGCAGCUGGACGCGCAGGCGGCCCAGCAGCUGCAGUACGGGGGGGCGGUGGGCACGGUGGACCGCCUCAACAUCACUGUGGUGCAGGCCAAGCUGGCGAAGAACUACGGCAUGACCCGCAUGGACCCCUACUGCCGGCUGCGCCUGGGCUACGCGGUGUAUGAGACGCCCACGGCCCACAACGGCGCCAAGAACCCGCGCUGGAACAAGGUCAUCCACUGCACCGUGCCCCCCGGCGUGGACUCCUUCUACCUGGAGAUCUUCGACGAGCGUGCGUUCUCCACGGACGACCGCAUCGCCUGGACGCACAUCGCCAUCUCGGAGGCCCUGCGGCAGGGCGAGGUGGAGGACAAGUGGCACUGCCUCAGCGGGCGGCAGGGCGACGACAAGGAGGGCAUGAUCAACCUGGUCAUGUCCUACUCGUCGGUGCCGGCCGCCAUGGUGAUGCCGCCGCAGCCUGUGGUGCUGAUGCCCACGGUGUACCAGCAGGGCGUCGGCUACGUGCCGCUCACAGGAGUGCCCGCGGUGUGCGGCCCCGGCGUGGUGCCCGUGGCCCUGCCCCCGGCCGCCGUGAGCGCCGCGCCCCGCUGGAGCGAGGAGGACCUGAGGGCCGUGCAGGACAUGUUCCCCAACAUGGACCGCGAGGUGGUCCGCUCCGUGCUGGAGGCCCAGAGGGGGAACAAGGACGCCGCCGUCAACUCGCUGCUCCAGAUGGGGGAGGAGUCCUAGGCCCCGCCCCCGCCCCGCCCCCCGCCGCCGGCCCUCCGGGCU